GGCUGUCAAAAGUAUUGGCACUCUACGCUUCCGGCUAUCGAAAGUAUUGGCGCCUGAUCCGAAUUUUGCCAUGGCAAGCAGCACACAUUUUCUUCAGGAAAUAAAAUGUUUGAAGGAUUUUUACACGCACCCCUGCUCUCAUCAGACAGAACCUCGAUUGGGAAACACUGGAAUAAACGGUGAGGAAGUGAAAGUGAAAGUCAGUCUCCAUUUUGUGUGGAGGGGAAAAUACAGCAUUUCAGGAGUAAAAACACAGGUUUGAUUUAACACACCGAUGUUGGAGUGAAGUAAACGUGUGUCCUGCUGUAAUCUGGAGAAGGAGACAUGACCUCCAACAUGAGUGUGUCUGGAGAACAGGACUUAAAGAGAGACGAGAGAAUGAUGGAGGGAAAGAGAUCAGACUCACCAGAACCCAGCUGUGUGUCCAUGAAGAGUGACCAGUCAAUGGGAUGUCCAUUUAACUUCAGAGACGGAGCCAGUUCUCCUGAUGUGAGACCACAACAGAAGACAUCAAACCUCAGCAGAAAUCAGCUGGACUCCAUAUUCAAGGAGCUGGAACACAAAGUCAUCACUCUGAUAAAGAAUGAGCUGAAGAGGUUUAGGAAGCUCCUGAGUCCAGAUUACCCAGCAUGCACUGAGAGGGAGGUGGAGGAUGAGGAGGAUCUGCACAGUGUCAGAGACGGAGCGCUGAAGAUCACACUGCACGUCCUGAAGAACAUGAACCACACAGAUCUCGCUAACACACUGCACAACAAACUCGUCUCUGUGUAUCAGACAAAGCUGAAAUCCAGCCUGAGAGAGAAGUUUAAAAGAAUUAAUGAAGGAAUCUCACAGCAUGGAAGCUCAGCACUUCUGAAUGAGAUCUACACAGAGCUCUACAUCACAGAGGGGUGGAGUGGAGACGUCAAUAAUGAACAUGAGGUGAGACAGAUUGAGACAGCGUCCAGGAGACCAGCAACACAGGAGACACCCAUCAAAUGUAAUGAUCUCUUUAAAGACAAGUCCAUCAGAGGUGUGCUGACUAAAGGAGUUGCUGGAAUUGGAAAAACAGUCUCUGUGCAGAAGUUCAUUCUGGACUGGGCUGAAGGAAAAGCAAAUCAGGACGUCACCUUCAUGUUUCCACUUCCCUUUAGAGAGCUGAAUCUGAUGAAGCAGAGACAUCUCAGUCUGAUGAAUCUUCUUCAUCACUUUUUCCCUGAAAUAAGAAAACUAGAAGUAAUAGACUGUGACUCCUACAAAGUGGUGUUGAUCUUUGAUGGUCUGGAUGAGUGUCGACUUCCUCUAAAUUUCCAGAAGAAUGAGAGACUGUGUGAUGUGACAGAGUCAGUCUCAGUGGAUGUGCUGCUGACGAACCUCAUCAAGGGGAAUCUGCUUCCCUCUGCUCUCCUCUGGAUAACCUCUCGACCAGGAGCAGCCAAUCAGAUCCCUCCUGAGUGUGUAGACCAGGUCACAGAGGUACGAGGGUUCAGUGAUCCUCAGAAAGAGGAGUACUUCAGGAAGAGGAUCAGUGAUCAGAGCCUGGCCAAUAAAAUCAUCUCACACAUGAAGUCUUCAAGAAGCCUCUACAUCAUGUGCCACAUCCCAGUCUUCUGCUGGAUCUCAGCCACUGUUCUAGAGAGAAUGUUGGGUGAAGCAGAGAGUGGACAGAUCCCCAAGACUCUGACUCAAAUGUUCACACACUUCCUGAUCUUUCAGAUCAAACACAAGGACCAAAAGUACCAUCAGAAAUGUGACCCUGACCCUCAGCAGACCAGAGAGAGUAUCCUGGCACUGGGAAAACUGGCUUUCCAACAGCUGGAGAAAGGAAACCUGAUCUUCUAUGAGGAAGACCUGAGAGAGUGUGGCAUUGAUGUCAGAGAAGUGUCGGUGUACUCAGGAGUGUGUACCCAAAUCUUCAGAGAGGAGUUUGGGCUUCACCUGGGGAAGGUGUUCAGCUUUGUACAUCUGAGUGUUCAGGAGUUUCUGGCUGCUUUAUAUGCAUUUUUCUGCUUUAUUUUUAGAAAGACAAAUGUGUUAGUGGAGCAAAGCACUGGACGUUCUAAUUGCUUCAGAAAGUCAGACAUGUCUGAUCUCCUCAGGAGUGCAGUGGACAAGGCCUUACAGAGUGAGAACGGACACCUGGACCUGUUCCUCCGCUUCCUUCUGGGUUUCUCACUGGAGUCCAAUCAGACUCUCUUACGAGGCUUAAUGCCACAGACAGGAAGCAGCUCUCACAGCAAACAGGAAACAGUCGAGUACAUCAAGGAGAAGAUCAGGGAGAAUCCAUCUCCAGAGAAAUCCAUCAAUCUGUUCCACUGUCUGAAUGAACUGAAUGAUCAUUCUCUAGUGCAGGAAGUACAGACUUACCUGAACAGAGGAGGUGACAGUCGUCUCAGUGGAACCAGACUCUCUCCUGCUCAGUGGUCAGCUCUGGUGUUUGUGUUACUGAACUCAGAUCAGGAGCUGGAUGAGUUUAAUUUGAGUAAAUAUGACCGAUCAGAGGAAUGUCUUCUGAAGCUGCUGCCAGUGGUCAAAGCCUCCAGAAGAGCUGAGCUGUGUGGGUGUGAUCUGACAGAGGAAAGCUGUAGAGUUCUGUCCUCAGUUCUCAGAUCAAACUCCUCCAGACUGAGAGAACUGAACCUGAGUGACAAUAACCUGCAGGAUUCAGGAGUGAAGCUGCUCUCUGCUGGACUGGAGAAUCCACACUGUACACUGGAGAUACUGAGUCUGUGUGGGUGUGAUCUGACAGAGGAAAGCUGUAGAGUUCUGUCCUCAGUUCUCAGAUCAAACUCCUCCAGACUGAGAGAACUGAACCUGAGUGACAAUAACCUGCAGGAUUCAGGAGUGAAGCUGCUCUCUGCUGGACUGGAGAAUCCACACUGUACACUGGAGAAACUGAGGAUGCAGUACUGCAGGAUUACAGAUGAAGGCUGUGCUGCUCUGACUUCUGCUCUGAGGUCAAACUCCUCAUCACACCUGAGAGAACUGGAUCUGAAGGGUAAUAAUCCAGGAGAAUCAGGAGAGAAGCUGCUCUCUGAUCUACUGAAGAAUCCACACUGUAACCUGGAGACACUACACAUUAACUAUAAUAAACUCACCAGCACUGGCGUAUGACGGGAGUCUCACCUCAAACCUCUUCUCCAGGAUAAAGCAGUCUUGGUGAAGAGUUAGAACCCGUCCCACAUUUCCAGCAGUUUGGGAGCUGAAUCAUUAAACUUAAAGGGGCAGAGCAGAAACAAAGUCAAGAACAGGCAGAAGGUCGUACACAGGAGAAAUCAACACACAUAGCCAAAUAUCUGCUGUACAAAGCAACGGCACCGAUCUGCCCCGGGGAUGGAGACUGACGAGGCUUAAGUACACGUCCGGAAAUGUACAGCCAACUCAUCCCAAAGGCGGGAGCAGGCGUGUACGAGAUGUGAUCGUCCAAUGGCAAGCAGGAACAUGACGCACUGCAGUGGACUGGGCUUAAAAGAGGAGGAGAGAAGACACCCAUCCCUCCCCCGACAUAGACACACGAAUGCAACACAGUACAAACAUAAAUACAUCUGAGGACGUAACAAUGGCCAAGUAUCAAAUAAAAUGUAAACGUGCAUUGAUGAAGGUAAUGUUGUUAGUAAUUGUUUAUAAAUUACCAUGGUAACACGGAGCUCCAAGUUAUAAAAAUAUGGAGUUUGUCAUCAACCAAACAGUAACCAGUUUUAAUACCUAAAAAAGUUUACGUAGCAAAAUUUAGCAAAGCGCUUUACAGUAAAUUAAAAUGUAAAAUUAAACUAAUGAAAUGUUGUGCAGCACAUGCUUAUGUUAAUGUUUGUUUCAUUAUAUGAUCAUAUAAAUAAAUAAAUACUCCCAAAGUCACCAGAAUUGAAAGCUUUUUGCUGUUAAACAUUUAGAGAUUGAGGUUGUGGUGACUCAGUAUUUCACUCAGUAUAUCUGGGUAAGACACAGUGAACGACUCACUGCUGGCAUUCAUGAAGAAGUCAUAAACUCCACUGGAAUAAUAAAUAGGAUCUAAUAAAACCAUGAGUGGAAAUUAUUGGUGUAAGUUUGUUAGGAUAGACUUCCUCCAACCUGGAACUAUAUCCUCCAGUCCACGCGGUGGCGGUAACGCGCCUAACAGCUGCGUCUCCGACCAGUAGAAAUCACAGAAGAAGAAAAAGCUGCAGCGGGUAUCUCCUGAGCAGUUGAGUUAUUACACCGAACUAAUCAUCUCCAGAUUAAAUUAUUUCUGACAGUUUUACAGUUAGAUUUGAUCCAGUUUAAACAUAAAAGCUGGUUAUUUUGUCUGUGUUUGAAGAAUUAAAACUUCGUUCUGUUUUUAAACCCGAGAUUCUUACUGAGGUGCUGUUUUCCACAUGCAGUGCUUGGCUGUGUUGGAGGUCACCAAGAAAGACUUCCUGGCUGUCAUGUGGAAGCUAAGUGGGCUGGGGUCAAAAGGGUUUCUGGCCAUGGUGCUUGUGCUGCAGUGAUCUUGUUCUCCAUCACACUCCAACACAGGUAGCCAUCUUCACCCUCUCCCAAGAGGUGAAGAGUCAAGACUCACAGGGGACUCGGGGCACAAGGUGGGGGGACACCCAGGACAGGGUGCCAACCCAUUGCAGGGCACAAUUGCACACAUUUUUUAGAGAUGCCAAUCGGCCUAUGACACAUGUCCUUGGACUGCGGGAGGAAACCAGAGUACCGGAUGAAACCCCCUGAAGCACGAUGAGAACUACGAUGCAGGGCAGAGGCAGGAAUCGAACCUCCAACCCUGGAGGUGCAAGGCAAACAUGCUAACCUGGGGGCAGCAAUUUCCUUGGGCCCCGAGCUAGCAAGAGCCCCCAAAACGCUGCAUAAACUUAUAUGUCCAAAGCCCAGGCUGACCCCCCACCCCUUCAACCUUUGCAGCAAUGCUGGCAGCACUAUUUCCCAAAGACAACCUCUGGAUAUGACGCUGAGCACGUGUACUCAACUUCUUUGGUCGACCAUGGCGAGGCCUGUUCUGAGUGGAACCUGUCCUGUUAAACCGCUGUAUGGUCUUGGCCACCGUGCUGCAGCUCAGUGUCAGUGUCCAAAGCCUGUGGUGGUGGCAGUGCAUGGCGUGUGUGUGGAAGCAGGUCUGUUGGGAGUGUUAAGUACCAUCAUCUCAUACACUCAGCAAACAAUAUGGAUGGAACUUUCCAGAGUUGUGGUGUCACUUUCCUGCAAAGCUUUAACCAUCAGAGAGUUAUCUUUUACUGGGGCUUUUAGCUGCAGGAGACUGAAUUACUAAGGUUUUUUUUGUGGAUCUGAUUUCUUCUUUCGCAGGAGUGGAUCUAAUCACAGCCUGUGAUAUUCGUCUGUGCACACAGGAUGCCUGGUUUCAGGUGAAGUCGUGUGUUCCCUGAUAGUCAAUGAUUGCUGGAGCUCUGGAAAUAGCAGGUGAGAUUGCAGGCCGAGUCCCGUCGCUGUCCAGGGAACCAAAAUCAACCUCCUCUACUCCUGAGACCACAGUGUGACUGAGAGCCUAGACUACAUGGCUACUUGGAACAUGAACAUGUUGCAGACACAGGAUCUUAUGAAGUCAGCGCAGGCAGCCCUGGAAAAGAAGAGUCCGAAAGACGUGCCCUUCUCCAAGCUUUAAAGGAGAAGAUCCAGGGCUGUUGAAGCUGCGGUGGAACUGAGACUUCAUCAUCCACAUAUCUUUAAUUCUUCUUGCUAAGUCUCAGUUUCUUUUUAGUCUUUUUAUUUUUAGACUGGUCAAAAGACUGAUUAGUGGACGUGAAAUGAUGGAUGAACUUUUAAUUACUUGCUUUAUUAUUUGCAGGUGCCUUGUACAGUAAGACAGGGUAACUAAUACUCAAAAGCUUGUUUUGUGUGUUAACAUGUACAGUAGAUGGACAUAUUUUUUCUGGUGCUGUGUGACUGCAGAAUGUAGUGCAGUUAACACAGUAAAUUUCCUUGGAUGCUCACUUUUAACUCGAGGAGGUCACAGUUUGCCCAGACAUCUUUUAUAUAAAUCUGUUAAUCUGUCACCCACACGUCAUUCUGGGGGACGAAGAGGAGGAAGCUGGACAGAUAAAUUUAUUUAUUUAUUUAUCAUUGCUGUGUUUCCUCAAUCAAGUGCAGAAAGAAGAAAAACAACACAACUGAUUUAAAAUAAAAAUAUAGAAAACAAUCUAAUGUAAGGUUCUGAUCCGGUUUGCUUUCAGCAGGAAGGCUGUCCUCUUUCCUGUUGCUCUUUCCCUUCUAUUAGUCCAUUUGUCCAGUCUGAAUCGGUUUGAUUCGUUUCGAGACGAUUCGGAGUCAAAUAAUUUUCUAGUGAGAGUCGCACACUUCCAAACGAACUAGACUGAGAUGAGUAUUUGAUUCUCACAAGAAAGUUAUUCGACUCUGAAUCAACUCGAAAUGAAUCAGUCAAACUGAUUCAGACUCUAUAAAAGGACUAUGAGAUGUGAUUAAGAUAUAUAUUCCAAUGUUUUGCUUUACAAUUCCACUGUGUGUGUGUGUGUGUGUGUGUGUGUGUGUGUGUGUGUGUGUGUGUGUGUGCGCGCACGUGUGUUUUUCAGGGGAAUGAGAAACUCUGACACAACAGUACAUCCUGACCAUUGGUACUGUGUACACAUCAACAUACACACACGUCUCCAUGCUGGACAUCUCAGGAGCUUUCACACACAGUGCUAGGAAUAUCACAGGACAGAGAAACGCACCUCCAAAGUGAGCGAGUUUAGUGUCAACCGGUGAAAUUUGCUGUAGCGUGAACGCUUCGCCUCUGUAAGCUUCACUCUCCGUCAGGUUCACUGUAAUUAGACAUAAAAUGUACAUAAUGUUUAUUUUUCAUACAUUUAGGAUUUAAUGUUUUUUUUUUUUGUUUUUUUUUUUACUCUUCGAGGAACAGAAAUGAUCUUUCGAGGCAGCUUCUUCAUCACUACCUGCUCUGUUUGACUCAAAAAUGUAACGACCGGUUUCAAAAAGUCACGAUGUCUUCAGUUCAUGUGAUUUUACUGUUGAAUUUAAACAGGAAAUGUGAAAUAUUUUUUUCCUUUGUUUCCUCUACUGUCUUUUUGCUGUGAUCUUGAACACAGUUGUAAUUUUUUUAAAAUAAUAAAUAAAUGAUCAUUCUAUUCUUUCUCACUUUCCUUGUCCUAAUUGUCCUGUAUCUGUUAAAUCCGUUUCAUCUCUGGUCUUUCUGUCUGUAUGAACACUUGUAGAAAUGACUUGUAGUCCAUAUUUUUAAAUGAUUCAUGAUUUUGAAUUUAAAUAAAGAUAUUCUUUAAUUCUG